UUAAGUUGCACUUUAUGGCACGUGACUUUAUCGCACGUGUGCGAGACGAAUCGCUCUCUCUUAUUUUUCCCCCUCCGGCAAAACUCUCCGCCACUUACGACCGACCGCUGUUUGCUAUUUCCUUCCGAUAUUGCGUGAUUCGGAGGAACCCACGAGACAGGAACCUCUCUUCAAACUUUGCUCAGAGACCCACCCAACCCGCCUUGUCGUGUCGUCGUUUGUUAGAAGAUGGAUAUCACCAUCAAUGGCGUUACAGAGACUUGGAUUAAUAAAGAAAGUCCUUCCACUGCCAUUCAAAAGUUCUGGACUUGGUGUACAGAGUGUAUGGUGUGGUACAGAUUGCAUAGAAGCUUUCUCCACAUAUCGAACACGUGUCGAUCUUGCAACAAGGAGUUCUACGCGCGUGAGAUACCUCGUCAAGGUCUUUUACCAGGGAAAGACUCAUCAUCUAAGGAUAUAAUGCACAAGAGGGUGCUGAUUAAGAGGCUCCGUGGUAUACAGCAGAGCCAUCCAGUUGCAUCCAAUACACGUCCAAGCUUUUGGACCACGUGUCGAAACUGUGGGCAUAGAGAGCGUUUUCUUAAAUUGUAUGUGGACAAAUGGUUCGUUUGUGAGAAGUGCCAUGGGGAGACCAUUGCAAUGGAGGUCCUUGCUAGGUCAGGCGAGGCGUUGUUCAACAAAUUGUUCUUGGAGUUGAAACCCGGGAGUAAGAAAAAUUAUUCCUCUGGUUUGAGCUGUGGCGUGAAGGUUGUUGGUGAGAAGAGAAAGAGGGAAGAGGUUGCUGCUAAUGGAGAUGAAGCGUCAAGCUCUGGGAAUGCUAAGGUGGAUGACAACUUUGGUUUAUGUGAUUCAAGUUCAGGAGGUGAUGUAAAACCAAAGAUUGCUGAAUGUGCUGCUGAUCUGAAGUUUAACGACUUUGAUAAGGUGAGGGAAGAAGUAAACUUUGCAGUUGGCCAGGUCUGGGCUCUCUAUGACACAACAGAUAAGGUUCCUAGACAGUAUGCUCUCAUCAGAAAAGUUUCAGUUCCUUCUUUUGGGCUGAGGAUCACAUAUCUAGAGCCAGAUCCUGAUGAUGAGGAAGAGAUCCAGUGGUUUGAAGAAGACUUGCCUGUUUCUGCUGGUAAGUUCAGGCUUGGGAAAAAUCAGAACACUCAAGAGCGUUCGUUAUUCUCACAUGUUAUCCACUGCAACCAAGGAAGCAACUCUGGUCACAUCACUGUUUCUCCAAGAAAAGGAGAGACCUGGGCUCUAUUCAAGAACUGGGAUAUUAACUGGUCUUCAGAACCAGAUUUUCACCGCAGCUAUGAGUAUGAGUUUUUGGAGAUUUUGUCUGACUACGCAGAUGGAGCUGCUGGUGUAUCUGUUGCGUUCUUGCAUAAAGCAAAAGGCUUUGCAAGUGUCUUCUUCCGAAUGGGAACUGGUGGUGAUGCAGACGUAGUUCAGAUUCCAUCUCACAGUUUGUACCGUUUCUCCCACAUGAUCCCUUCCUUCAAACUGACUGGAACUGAUGCAAAAGGUGUGCCAAAGUAUGCUUACGAGCUGGACCAAGCUGCGUUACCAGAAAAAAUUCCAGAGGUAACCGUCCCUUCACAUUUAUUAGCCGCUCUAAAGCCUAAACCAGAAGAGCUCAGCUUUACUAUAAAUGGAAAGGCUUUUGAAGCUGGCCAGAUCUGGUCAUACAUCGGAUGUUUUGAUAACAUGCCUAGGGACUACUGUAGGAUCUAUAAGAUCAGUUUGACUCAAGCGUUUGAGCAGGCUCCAAUUUACAAAAUGCACGCGUUCCGGUUUAAGGCUACACCUUUUCCUAAGGAUAUCACCCCUUGGAGGCAUGAGCGAUAUGGGGAGAAGAAAAUGCCUGUUGGUUGGGGAACUUACUUGCUGACUCAAGGCUCCUUAGCACUCACUCCUGAUCGUUUCUCGCAUCUGAUAGUGCCUGUAACCUCCAAGGGAAGCAAUGAAUAUACUAUUCUGCCUAAGGUUGGUGAAGUGUGGGCGAUAUACAGAUUCUGGACUCCUUACCUUAGUGCCGAUGAAAUGGAGAAAAACUACGUGGACUAUGGCAUUGUAGAAGUUCUUGAUGAUGCCUUGGACUAUAAGGUUAUUGCGUUGGAGCCUGCGUUGCAGUUUGAGGAAGAUGAAAGGAAAAAGAGAGUGUUUAGAGCAGCUGAGAGCAAGCCACUUGAUUUCGAUGAUGAUGAUGGGUCAGGAGUGAUCUUUACAAUCCCAAGGUCGAAAAUGCUGAGGUUCUCUCAUCAGAUUGCUGCUUCCCGGGUGACCAAGGAGAUAGAUGGAGAGUUGAAAGAGCUUUUUGAACUUGAUUCUACAGCAGUACCUGUAUUGUGAGGUGACAAGAGCGUUGAGCAACGGAUGUCAGAGAAAGAUAAGUACCUUUUGUUAGCUUUUUGGUGCAUUCUGACAGGUUUGAUCUUGUUUUAAGACUUUAUCCAAGGUUUAUGGAUGUUUUUCUUUUGUUGGUUCAAAUCUAUGGAAAGUCAUGAA